CCGAGCAGGCUGGGAAUCCUAGUUUAUGCUCUUUAGUACCAUGUGACCUGACAAAUGACUUGGCCUUUCUGAAAAGCGUCUGAUCAUCUAUAAAGAAGGGCUGAGUAGCAAAAACUACCCCGUGAGGUUGAGGAAAGGAUCAAAGGAAGCAACACUUGCAAACUUCUAUAUUUGCAAAUUCAAGUCGGUUCAGACCUUGUAGAUGCUGCGUUGCUUUGGUCGUUGGGUUUUCCUACUUACUUAACAUUUAGUGAGAAAUAAUAAUACAUAAAUUGGAUAUAGAAAACUUAGAGUAUUGCUGUAUUUGGGGAGGAAAAAAAUACAUUCAGUACUAGGUGCUGCUUGAGACUGGCCAACAGCUUCUUCAAAAACAAAACAUGCUUAUGCUCUAAGGUUGUUGCAUCAUUGAUGACUUACUUUAGCUAUUAAUUUUUUAUGGGCUGUAUAAGAACUGAGUUGAAAUCCAGAUAUUUAGAAUGCUCAUUUGUAUUUGAGCCACAUUGUGAAUCGAUCGAAAUACUUUUAAUUUUCAAAGGAAAUGUUUAUUCCCGCAUUAUUAACACUACUUUAUUUUGAGGUCAAAGAUAUAUUGAAUUUAGGAGUUAUGAAGGAAAGAGUACUGAAGUUGCAGACACACCAGUCUAGAUGUGUGUUCUAGCUGGGCAUGGUGGAACACACCUUUAAUCUCAGACUUGGGAGGCAGAUCUCUGUGAGUUCAAGGCCAUGUUGGUCUGUAAAGCCAGUCAGAGCCACACAGUGAGACUCUGCCUCAAGUAAAUAAAUAAAUAGAUGGAUAAAUGAAUUUGUAUUACAGCAUUAUUGGAGUAAGUGACUAGACUUAGAAUAUAGUACAGUAUAGAACAGCAGUCAUCAAAAGAUGGAAAAAGUGGAAGAGCAUUUUUAUAUUUAAAUAUAUUUUAAAUAUAUUUUAUAUUUAAAGAACAAAAUCCUUGAAACGUAAUGCAUAUCAGAACCUGGAGAGAGAAGCUUGAAAUCGCAACGUUUUUCUUUUUAUUGUUAAAUGACACCUGGGCGUUGGGGAGAAGGCUUAUUGGUUAAAGAUGCUUGCCACAAAAAAACUGACUCAUGAAAGUUGUCCUCCACCUCCACACGAACAUGGCACAUGCUCACUCAUGCACUCUCCGAAUGGGGUCAGGUAAUAAGAAUAUUUUAAUAUUCUUUAAAAUGUAAAUGGGAGCUAAUAAUUGUAAUUUGUAAUUUUUGGGGUACAGGGCAGCAUUUCAGUGCAUGUACACAGUGUAUUCGUGAUCAGGUUGGAGGAACACCUCUAACAUCAGACAUAUUCUUUGUGUUCGGAACAUUCAAAAUGUUCUCUAUUAGCCAGUUUUGGAUACUCAUUUUGUGAAACACAGUUUUCCCACUAGGCUUUAAAAGCUAACUCUUCUUUUGACUGUGCCCCAUACUCAUUAACUCAUCUUGUCUAUGUCCUUCCUCCCCUGCACUUGUCUUGAGCUAUGCUAACUCAUUUCUUUUUGUUUUGUUUUGUUUUUGUUUUUCGAGACAGGGUUUCUCUGUGUAGCUCUGACUGUCCUGGAACUCACUCUGUAGAUCAGGCCGGCCUCAAACUCACAGAGAUUUGCCUGCUUCUGCCUCCCUGACUGCUGGGAUGAAAGGACCAAGACUUCUGCUUCAUACCUUCUGCCAUUGUUUCUGCAUUCCUUUGAACCGGAGCCACAGUAAACCUGUCUUAUGAGUACAUAUAUUGAAGCUAGAGGCAAGAUAUUUGUGUAAUUUCUGUGUUGAAAUUAAUACAUAUGACAAUGAAGAAAGAGACAAAAUUUGGGAUUUUCAUCUAAAGAAAAUGAUAGAGAACAACCAAACCUGUGUUGCAGGACAGAACUCUGUGCCCUACAUGACUUGUCUGGUUCACAUGCUUGAGGAAUGGUUGGGUGUGGAGCAGCUGGAGGACUACUUGAAUUUUGCAAACCAUCUCCUGUGGGUUUUUACCCCACUGAUACUUUUAAUACUUCCGUAUUUUACGAUCUUUCUUCUCUAUCUUACUAUUAUUUUCCUCCAUAUCUAUAAGAGGAAGAAUAUGUUAAAGGAAGCCUACUCUCAUAAUUUAUGGGAUGGUGCGAGGAAAACAGUGGCAACUCUGUGGGAUGGACACGCAGCAGUUUGGCAUGGUUAUGAAGUUCAUGGGAUGGAAAAGAUACCAGAAGGACCAGCACUUAUAAUUUUUUAUCAUGGAGCUAUUCCCAUAGACUUUUACUACUUCAUGGCUAAAAUUUUCAUCCACAAAGGCAGAACUUGCCGAGUAGUAGCUGACCACUUUGUCUUUAAAAUCCCAGGGUUCAGUUUGUUACUAGAUGUAUUUUGUGCUCUUCAUGGACCACGAGAAAAAUGUGUUGAAAUCCUGAGGAGUGGACACUUGCUAGCUAUUUCACCAGGUGGAGUCCGAGAAGCCUUACUUAGUGACGAAACCUACAACAUCAUAUGGGGUAAUCGUAAAGGCUUUGCUCAGGUUGCAAUUGAUGCGAAAGUGCCCAUUAUUCCUAUGUUUACACAAAAUAUUCGAGAAGGAUUUAGAUCACUUGGAGGAACAAGAUUAUUUAAGUGGCUUUAUGAAAAAUUCCGCUAUCCAUUUGCUCCAAUGUAUGGAGGUUUUCCUGUAAAGCUGCGGACCUUCUUAGGUGAUCCCAUUCCAUAUGACCCAAAGAUAACAGCAGAAGAAUUAGCUGAAAAGACCAAGAAUGCUGUUCAAGCUUUGAUUGACAAGCACCAAAGGAUACCAGGGAACAUUAGGAGUGCUCUGCUGGAACGCUUUCAUAGAGAGCAGAAGGCUAAUUAGCAGAUGAUUUAAUGUAUCUAUAGUGACAAGCUCGUAUAUAUGGCACUGUCUUUUAAAUUUUUGUAGAUUAUAUAAUAGUGUUUCUAAAAUAUCAUGUUAAUAAGCAUCUUUCUUAGAACUAGUUUAUUUAAAUUUAUACUGUUAGUCUUGUCCUUUCAAUUAGUUGUGUCAAAUUUAUUAAGUAACUCUUCACUUUUCUGACUCAGAAAAUGAUCAUGCUGCAUUUGUAAGAUUUAGUAAUAUAUGAUAAGCAUAGAGUUUUAGAUUUAAGUCAUUCUUGAUAUCAGCAGGUUAAGCAGACUUUCCUAAAUUGUGUCUAUUGUGUUGAUCUGAUCGUAAGAGAGCACAUGCAUUAGGGUGUAGCACUGGCUUAAUUUAGAUGAGAAAUGCCUUUCUCUAUCUUCAUUCCAUUCACAACUGCGGGUAAGUUGUGGAAUGCUUUUGUACCUCAAUUAUUUAUUUUAAGCAUGACAAUAUUUUGGUGACAUACAUUACUUUAAGUUGCUUAUAUCUAUUGUGAUAUCUGUAGUAUGAGAACUAUAACUGAAUUGAUUUCUGAAUCCUGUAGGAGUUUUGUGCAUUUUUUUGUCCAUUGGGUGUUGAAACGACUCCUUCAAAUGUCAUGUCCAGUUGCCAAGCACAUUGAAAGAGAUGUACUGUUUUAUAAAUCAAGACGUUGUUAUUUGUAGUAUUUAUUUACUGAAUUGUUUAGUAUUUAUUUUAAACAAGUAUGUAAGUAAACAUAUAGGAUGAAUUGUCAUCAUAGUGUUUUAUGGUGUAAGCAUAGAAUCGUGGUCACGCUCUGCACUUCACAUUAGAAGCUGAUUUUAGGCUAAGAAAUAAACAACAAGAAAGCCUUGGUUUUGCUUAUAUCAUGGCUUGUUUUUCUGGGCUUUGCAGCUAAUCAUGUGGCUUAUUAUUUCAAUAAAAUGUACUUGAAUGAUGAAUUUCUGUAAACAUGGAGCCCUCUGAAAAUGUAAUGGCAUUUGAUUUGUUGUCUCCUUGAAAACUGAUUUUAAAAGUAUUUAAACAGCAAAGUGUCAUAAAUCUACUGCAGUAUGUCCCUUUCCGCCUUUGUAGUACUUGGGUUUUAUAUGGACUUUUUAAUUACAAGUGUAUAUUUAUGAUAUAUAAAAUGUAUAUAGAAAUGAUGUGAAAAAUAAAGAUGAAUUGCAACUCAUUCUCAUGAAA